GGGGCACUCUGACUUCACACAAAUCAUUACAAAGCCAAUGUUUUCCUCAUCUAGUAAAAUCCAAAAGAAAGAAACAUGAGCAAUAAUCAAUUGAAGUUCAGACUGUCAUCAUGGCUAACCUUGGGUUGCAUUACUUUGCUACAAGCCUUAAGUGCCCCCCGCUUCAUUUUCUCUGCUUGCGCAUCCCUGAUGGAACAAAAUUACCACAUCUCACAUGUGCAACUCAACAAUCUAAUUGUUGCUUCAGAAACAGGAAGGUUAUUUGGUUUCGUAUCGACAGCCGCUGCCACCUGUUUUCCUGCAUGGAUGAUCCUAUUCAUUGGCCUGGUUUUUGGUUUGGUUGGUUAUGGCGUGCAGUGCUUUUGUAUUUCACAUAGAAUUCCUGCUCUAUCUUUUUGGCAAGCUUUAUUGCUAAAUAUUCUUGCAGGGAACAGCAGCUGUUGGAUCAAUACUUACUGUCAAUUGUUAGCCACAAGAAACUUCAAGGACAGUUAUCGGACGAUAGUCGAAAUAACAUCAACUUAUUCAGGGUUGAGUGGAAAGAUAUUGACUUCUUUAGUCGAAGGAAUUGAAGGAAGGAAAGGCUCUACAAAUUCCAGUAUUUACCUCCUCUUGACUUGCCUGGUUCCUGUGGCCGCUGGGUUAAUUGUUGCUCUCGUUCAUAGUUGUCUCGAGUUCAUGGAAUAUGGGGACUCAGAUGUAUUUCCAGCCGUCUUCGUUCUCAUCAUUGCAACUGGAGUGUAUACAGUGAUCGAAUCCGUUGCACCAUUUUUCGGGUUUGUGUCCUUGCGAUUACGCGCAGUGAUUUUAGCACUGGUGUUAACCAUACCGUUUAAAGUUGCACUAUUGACAGCUGCUGCAGACUGGUUUUCAGCAGAGAAAUAUCACUCCCAGGUGACUCGAACGGAGUCGAAUGACUCUUUCGAAUCAAACCCCGAAAAGGUAUCCAAAGAAGUCAAGAUUGCAAUAGGCGAAGAAAGAGAAGCUGAUCAAAAGGCAGGAGGGGAGGUUGACAGUGACGACAAGGGCUUGUUUAAAGCAGGAAAUGAUUCUGGUAUGAAACAGCUACUGUUAAAUGUGGAUUUCUGGAUGUUCUAUUUGGUGAAUGCAUGUGGACCUACGCUGGGAAUGGUUUAUUUAAACAACCUAGAGAGAAUCACCCAGUCUCGCAGCAUGGGCGAAGCAUCAUUUUUAUUGGAAAUAUCUUCUGCGUUUGGAUUUUUUGGAAGGAUGUUGUCUAUUAUGUUCCACUGGUAUACAAGGGAAAAAUCGGUAAUAGCCAACCCAGCGUUGACAGUGCUCCUAAUGAUCCCCAUGCCCAUUGCUGUCUUCUUGCUCCUCGACAGCAACAGAUGUUUAUACAUCAGCACCGGAAUCUUGGGAACCUGUUCAGGAGCCUUAAUUGCUAUAAAUUCAAUGACAACGUCUGAGCUGUUCGGCUCCGAGAACUUGGCUGCGAAACAAACCAUUGUUCUAACCAACAUUCCCUUGGGCUCUCUGCUUUUUGGGUACUUGGCAGCUAUUAACUUACAAAGCGAAGGUGCUGGCGAUCAUGGAGUAUGCAUAGGGCUGCAAUGCUAUCACAAAACUUUCAUCAUCUGGGGAUCCAUUUGCUUCAUAGGAACAAUUCUAAGUUUUCUUCUGCAUCUUCGCACGCAGAACUUCUAUUCUCAAAAAUCCUAGAGUGUUGGCAAUUGAAGACUAUUGUCCAUGUCUUCUUUGGAUGAUUCACACUAUCAGUUCAUCUAGUUCCACUUAUACGAGGCUUCGGGGGUGGAUUUGUUACAUUCUACAUUUUUGUAACGCCAACAAAUUCAUUUUUACAACUUGCUACGACAUCACAUUCAUCACCCA